GGCACUUUUUGGAGGCUGAGAAGGAGCCAGCAAUUUGCCCCAACUAACCAGAUCCCUGUUUUCUCCGCCCUUCCCAGGCACCCUCCACCGCCAUGCCCCUAACUGUCCCGAGCUACCCUAGCCGGGCGUACGAUUAUGACUAUGACUCGGUCCAGCCAUAUUUCUACUACGAGGAUGAGGAGGAGAACUUCUACCUGUCUGCGCACCACCGGGGCUGCGAGCUGCAGCCGCCAGCCCCAUCUGAAGACAUCUGGAAGAAGUUUGAGCUGCUGCCGACGCCGCCCCUCUCACCCAGUCGCCGGUCCGGCAGCUUCCCUUCCAGUGUGGAGCAGCUGGAGAUGGUGACAGAGCUCCUGGGCAGCGAGGUGGUCAACCAGAGCUUCAUUUGCGACCCAGACGAUGACACCUUUGUCAAGUCCAUCAUCAUCCAGGACUGCAUGUGGAGCGGAGGCUCAGCUGCGGCCAAGCUCCAGAAAGUGGUCUCUGAGAAACUCGCUUCCUACCAGGCAACGCGCCGGGACGGGGCGGGGGCACCGCUGUCACUCCGCAGUGGGAAUUGCAGCAGUAGCCUCCAGUUGUCUUCCUCGCAGACUUCGGCCUCCUCCCCCAGCAGCGCCUACCUGCAAGAUCUGGGCACCUCGGCCGCCGAAUGCAUCGACCCCUCGGUUGUCUUUCCUUACCCCCUGGGGGAGAAGACCUCCAAGGCAGUGGAGGCUACCACUGCCACCUCUCCUGACCCGUGCCCAGCCGCCUUGCUGGGCCAAGAUACACCCCCAAGCACCAGCAGUGACUCGGAAGAGGAAGAGGAACAGGAGGAAGAGGAAGAAAUUGAUGUCGUUACUGUGGAAAAAAGGCAGCCUGCAGCCAAGAAAUCAGAGUCCAGUCUUCACACAUCCGGGGGGCACAGUAAAGCCCCCCACAGCCCCCUGGUUCUCAAGCGGUGUCACGUCCCGAUCCACCAGCACAACUAUGCUGCCCCCCCUUCCACCCGCCAUGAGCACAGCUCUGCCAAAAGGCUAAAGUUGGACAGUGGGAGAGUCCUCAAACAGAUCAGCAACAACCGCAAGUGUUCGAGUCCACGCACCUCGGACUCGGAAGAAAACGACAAGCGGCGAACGCACAAUGUCCUGGAGAGACAGAGACGGAACGAGCUGAAGUUGAGCUUCUUUGCGCUGCGCGACCAGAUCCCCGAAGUAGCAAAUAACGAGAAAGCUCCCAAAGUCGUCAUCCUUAAAAAGGCCACAGAAUACGUCUUGUCCAUCCAGUCGGAUGAGCACAGACUCUUAGCGGAGAAAGAACAACUGAGGAGGCGACACGAACAGCUAAAAAACAAACUUCAGCAGUUGAGGAACUCUUGUGUUUAAAGAAGGAAAAAGUGUCGCUAUUAAUAUUAUUAUUAUUAUUAUUUUAAAGCCUAUAAACGUUGGAACAGGAGCGGUCAUAGAAUGGGUAAAAUAACAAACCUGGCAGAAAAGAAUGGAAAACUUUAGCGCUUCUGAUCGACCACAACGCUGUGUAAAUGUCCUAAUGAAUUCAAUUUUGUACACCACAAAACAGUUGCGAAUGCAUGCAGGACAGCUUUCAGGCAUCGAGGCUGGACUCUCCAAGCAGCUAAGAACCUGUGGAAAUUCAGGGCGCAAGUUUCUUUGUGCUAGCAGAGGGGUGGGGCGUGGGGGGAUAAUGGAGUUUUUCCACUUUCUUUUUUGUAUUUAAAGCAUUUUUCUCUUACAAGUGCUUUUCAGCCAACACAGCUGUUGUCAGAGUUGCUGUAAAUAUUUACACAGCCUAAUGAUAUGUAAAUAUCUUUAAUAAAAAAAACUUUAUAGAAAAGGUUAAAAAAAAACAUGCAGCAGAUGAUACUCAAUGGUUGUGGCAACGGAAUUUAUAAUUGUCUUGAAUUUUUGGUGCCAUAACAUCUCACAAAUUUUUGGUCAUUCUUAUUUAAGAACCUUUUUGUCAUUUUUUAAAAAGAACUGAUUUUAUUUUGCGUUUAUAGAUAAAUAAAAUAUUUGCCCUGAAAUUGUAA